AUGUCCGGUCUUUCUACAGCCCCCGAUGAGCUCCUCGGCCACCAGCCACCCCCACCCAGGCACCAGCCGUCCCAGUCCAUUCCGGAAUGGAACUCCGGAAGUGGAGAUUUAUCCCAAAUUCUGCCGCCGGUAGCCUCCUUGCCAGUCGGCGUGCCUACGGGCCGCCUAGGCAGGUCUACGCCUGGUCAGGGAAACACCCCUGGCGUUACGGAACCCGUAGACGAGAUGGACUUCACCAAAUUCAACGCGGCCAUCAUCGUACUCCUUGGCAUUCUUGACAAAGCUGGCCCUAACGCCUUAGACAAGGCCGUCGAAUCAGCCAAGAGAAAGAUUCCGGACUAUAUGAGCAAGUUCAAGAUCACAAAUGGUUUUAGAUUCCUCGUGUUCGCCAACGACUUGCUAAAGUGGCAACCUGAAGAGAAUGUCCAGGGCAAGGACAUCUACGACAUCCUUUGCAUGUUUUACUUCGUCCUUGACCAGGAGCCGCUCCUCGGACUGCAGACGAGGAUCCGACCGGACUCAGUCUAUUUACCACUCACUCCGCUCUCGAGCUGGAUCGUAGUGUUUGCACAACUCAUUGGGCUGUUCAUGGACACUCCCAUGUCUGUCACGCCCAGGACACUGGAGACCUUCAAGAAUUCCCCCCUGUACAACUACAACGAGGCCAUUGAGCCUCCUGGCGGAUUCCGGACGUUUAACGAGUUCUUCUCCCGGCACUUGAAGCCCGGCAUGAGGCCGAUUUCUGACCCACACAAUGACAAGGUCAUCUGCUACCCCGCAGAUUGUACGUAUGACAACAGUCUUGAAAACCAGAGCAUCGUCGAGGUCAACAACUCUGGCGAGGUCCUGAUCAAGGGUCUGCCGUGGACCAUCGACAUUCUCCUGCAGGGCAGCAAGUUUGCGAGCGAAUUCCACGGUGGAGUCUGGAUGCACGCGUUUCUCAACACGUACAACUAUCAUCGCCAGCAUGCGCCCGUUUCCGGAAAGGUCAUCGAGGCCAAGAACAUCCAAGGCGCGGCGUACCUUGAGGUUAACGCCAAGUGUCAGCCCAUCCGGAAGAUGGUCGUUACAGAUGAGGAGAAGAGCCAGGACCCCAAGUGCGGACCGGAGGCGCCAGACUCUCCAGGCUAUCAGUUCCUACAAACCAGGGGCUGCGUGGUCAUCGAAAACGAGCACCUCGGCAAGGUGGCUGUGUUGCCAAUUGGCAUGGCCAUGGUCUCCGGAGUCAAGUUGACGGUCAGGGAGGGCGACAAGAUAAAGAAGGGCGAUGAAAUCUCUACCUUUUUGUUCGGAGGGUCAGACAUCAUCUGUGUAUUCCAGAAGCAGGCCGGCCUGAAGGUUGAAGACUUCAUAGCUUCGCCAAAGGACGAAUUCGGCAACCAGACGUACUCCAAGUACGGAACCAUUCUGGCUGUGGCGCCGUAA